AUGGCAACGGCGGAUCUACUGACCAUCAUCAUUGAGGUCAUACUAUGGCGGCUCAGUUAUUAUUAUUUCUACGGGACGUUCCUGGACAUGACCCAAAUGUGCAUUGUUAUCCACGUGGCGGGCCGUGCAGCUACAGACUGUUCUGUCUGGUUUACCGUCUUUUUCACCUUUGAUCGAUUUGUCGCCAUUUGCUGCCAGAAGAUGAAAGCUAAAUAUUGCACGGGGAAAGCUGCAGCUGUGGUUCUCACAACAACUGGUAUUCUGCUCUGUUGCAAAAAUAUCCCCUUGUACUUUAUCUAUGAAGCUGGCAAGGUGAUUAACAAUGUGGCCUGGGACUGUUUUCGGAAGCCGAGCGCUUAUACUGAUCCCGGCUGGGUGGGUUAUGAUUGGCUUGCUACUGUUCUAACACCGUUGCUUCCUUUCGUAUUAAUAAUGCUGCUCAACACUUUGACGGUCAGGCAUAUUUUAGUAGCCAGUCGGGUCCGUAAGGGCCUGAGGAUUCAGAGCAAUGGGGACAAACGUAGUGACCCGGAGAUGGAGAGCAGGAGAAGGUCUGCGAUUCUACUCUUCACCAUAUCCGGUAGCUUCAUCGUUCUGUGGUCGCUACUUGUUGCCGAUUUCAUUUAUUACACAUUUAGCGGGGCGGAUCCCCGUAAUUACACCGUUUCUGAAUACAUAUUUCAACACGUCGGAGACAUACUGAUGGCAGUAAGUUGCUGCACAAACACGUUCAUUUAUGGGGUAACUCAGUCUAAGUUUAGAGAACAGCUCAUGAACGCAGCGAGAUACCCGCUCACCUCAAUAAUUCAAAUGAUUCAUAAUCGGAACAACUGA